UAGGACAUCUCGUUUACGAAUAUCUCAAAGACGCUCGCCAGCCAACGCUUUUUAUUUCGAUCCUCAAACGAUUUAGAAUAGCCACACCAGUGUUCUCUCUUUCUGCUCUGCAACCACUCUUUUUAUCUUGCACAGUCUUUGAGCCCUCUUUCCAGAGUUUACCCUCUCCACCCAAUAAGCCAUGAAGUCGACAUCAAGCUCGGUCUCAAAGAAGAAGAUGCAGGGCUACGUUGGAUUCUCCAACUUCCCGAACCAGGUCCAUCGGCGGUCGGUGAAGCGCGGGUUCAACUUCACGCUGAUGGUUGUCGGCGAGGCCGGAAUCGGCAAGUCGACGCUGAUCAACACCCUGUUUGACACCAAGAUCUUCCCUGACCGUGAGGAGGUACCACCAAACGCCGAGCCGAUCAAGGGCGUCGAUGUGACAUCCAUGAGCGCAGAUAUCCAGGAGAAUGGCGUGAAGCUGAAGCUGACAGUUGUGGACACGCCCGGGUUCGGCGACUCGAUUAACAACGAGGACGCAUGGCAGCCGAUCCUGGAGAACAUCGAGUCGCGGUUUGACGCGUACUUGGCGCAGGAGAACCGCGUGAAUCGCAGCAAGAUCAGCGACAACCGCAUCGACGCAGUCAUCUACUUUAUCAAGCCGACUGGCCACAGCCUGCGCGCCAUCGACAUCGAGUUCAUGAAGCGCCUGCACACCAAGGUCAACCUGAUCCCGAUCAUUGCCAAGGCCGACACGCUGACAGCGCGCGAGCUGGACCUGUUCAAGGCCCGGAUUCUGGCCGAUAUCAACUACCACGGCAUCCAGAUCUUCAAGCCCGUGUCCGAUGAGUUUGACGAUCCCGAGACCGUUGCUGACAACCGCGAGAUCCUCAGCAAGAUCCCGUUCGCUGUCAUUGGCAGCGAGAAGUUUGUCGAGCGCCCCGACGGCACGUCAGUUCGCGGGCGCCGCUACCCGUGGGGCAUCAUCGAGGUUGAGAACGAAGAUCACAACGACUUCAUCAAGCUGCGCCAGAUGCUGCUGCGCUCGCACAUGGAGGAGCUCAAGGACACGACCGACAUGGUUCUGUACGAGAACUACCGCACGCAGAAGCUGCUGACAAUGGGCCACGUACAGGACAACAAUGUGUUCCGCGAGUUCAACCCAGUUAUGCAGCAGGAGGAGGAGAGGCGCGCGCACGAGGCCAAGAUGCAGAAGAUGGAGGCCGAGAUGACAGCUGUGUUCCAGCAGAAGGUGCAGGAGAAGGAGGCCAAGCUGAAGCAGUCCGAGGAGGAGCUCUAUGCCCGCCACAAGGAGAUGAAGACUGUGCUCGAGAAACAGCGGGCCGAUCUGGACGAGAAGAAAAAGCGCGCCGAGGUUGCCAUGCGCCCUGUAACCCCGCUCGAGCAGCACCCGACGAAGGGCAAAAAGAAGAACAUCUUUGGUGGGUUCUAAGUGAAUCCAGCAAGAGCCCCUUCCCCCCACCCCACCAAGAAUCUCAUUUCCACUCCACUCAACCUACUUCUCAUGGCAAGCUACUUUACCGUCCCCC